UUUGCAACACUGUCUGCGACUUGUCAAUGUCAAUAAGAUAAGGCAGGGGCCGAUUCACUGUUUUUUCUAGUUUAUUGGUCCCUGUUUUUAAAUUCGCAGUUGUAAUCUUAGAAUGUUCCUGUGAUGUUUUGUAUGUGUUAAAAGAAAGGCACCAUAUUGUGAUUCUGUGUAAAAGUGAAAUACCUACGUAAAAUAAUAUUAUCUUUACUCCUGUUGUAAAAAAAAAACCAAUUGAAGAAUGUAUUUAUUUUAUAUUACCGUGUAGCGCUAUAAUUUCUAUCAUCAUGGCUCGUUUCCUGUCGGAGGAGCAAUUGAAGGGGUUCGAAAGAUAUAAGUACAAUUCGGUAGACACAAGUGUGCUUAGCAAUUAUGUUAUGCACCCAUUUUGGAACUGGUGUGUACAGUUUUGUCCUGUGUGGGUGGCACCGAACUUGCUAACAUUUUCCGGCUUCCUACUGACUGUUCUUAACUUCUUGCUGUUUUCAUAUUAUGAUUAUGGAUUCCACGCUUUGACUGAAGAAAAUGUCACAAACGACCACAUCCCCUCCUGGGUAUGGGCAGUCUCUGCAGUAAACCUAUUUGUAGCAUACACAUUAGACGGCAUCGAUGGCAAGCAGGCGCGUCGCACCGGCACCAGCGGCCCGCUCGGAGAGCUCUUCGACCACGGCCUGGACUCCUACUCCGCCGUGCUCAUCCCCACCUGCCUUUACAGCAUAUUUGGAAGAGACGAAGUGAGCCCUCUCAGGUUCUUCUUUGUAAUAUGGAACAUAUUUAUAAAUUUCUACCUCACGCACUGGGAGAAAUACAACACCGGCGUCAUGUUCCUGCCGUGGGGUUACGACUUCACCAUGAUCGGCUCGUGCCUGCUGCUGCUGGUGACGUCGGCGAUCGGUCCGCGCGCGUGGCACGUGGCGCUGCCCGGCGGCCUCACGCCCGGCAUCGUGUUCGAGUUCGUGCUCUACUUCUCCGCCAUGCUCACCAGCCAGACCGUCAUAUUAUGGAAUAUUUACAAAUCGUAUCGUGACAAAACCGGCAAGAUGCGUUUGUUCUCCGAGGCGGUGCGUCCGCUCGUGCCGCUGUUCGUGUUCUUCGCGCUGAGCACCACGUGGGCGCUGUGCUCGCCCUCCGACAUCAUCAACCGUGGUCCCAGACUCUUCUACAUACUUACCGGGACAAUCUUCUCUAACAUCAACUGCCGGCUGAUAGUGUCGCAGAUGAGCGACACGCGGUGCGAGGCGUGGAACGGGCUGGUGUGCGCGUACGGCGUGUGCGUGGCGUGCGCAUGCGCGUGCUCGUCGCCGGGCUCGGAGCUGCUGCUGCUGGCCGCCGCCUGCCUGGCCGCCUCCGUCGCGCAUGUGCACUACGGCGCUAGAGUGGUGCAAGAAAUGUGCGUGCACUUCAAGAUUGAUUGCUUCCACAUCAAACCAAAGACAAAUUAAUAUUAAUAAUUGUAGCCUUAUCCCUCACACUAGAUACAUUAUUUUACUUUUUAUUGUAUCCCUAUGGUAACUCAUAGUAAACCUAGUAAUUAAAUACUAGGUAAUUUAUUCUAAAAUAUUAAAAUUAUAUUUAUUAUUUUCUUUCUCAUUAGUUAUUGUGUACAUAAUUCUUUUGUAAGUUGUCCCAGUGGUAAACCAUUGUGCCAGUCUUUGAUGGUGUUAUUUCUUUAUAUUUUAGGGAUUGAGGACCAAAUUCUUUAAGUUAUGUUGUGUGUAUAUUUUUAGUUGAACUGUUCUUUAUAGAACAGAUGUUAAGUAUGCAAGUGCAGACCUCGUGAUUUUUACCCACAUGUUACUAGCUAUACUAGUCAGACAUUAUUUAAUUUUAUAGUCAUCAGUCAGUCAGUUCACCUGAAUAUUGGUAAAUGUAUGAAUAGAUAUUGCUUUUAUUGUCUAAGUUAAUUUUACCAUGAAAUAACUCUACCAACUUUACUAAUGUGAUACAAAAUAUGUUAUGUACUCAGCAAAAUUAUUUUUUACUUUUAUGCCAAAUAUAAAAAAAUAAUUUUUGUAUACUAAGUUUCAAAUAUGUAAAAUGAUGACUGAUAUUUCAUUUAUACUCAUUUGCGCCUUACGCCACGUUUGCCAUUUGGAAUAAAAUUUAUCAAUUUGAAAUCAGUUAAAGCGGAAUUUAGUACAUAAAUAUACUGAUCUAUCUUGUUCCAAUGGAGGUCAUUAUAACAUUUACUGAAAUUUCAAUUACAUUUACAAGUACGAUAUACUAGUUUUAAUAUUGAUCUGACAUUUUAAUCUCAGUAAAACUAAUUGUUUAGAUAAAUUAAUGCCAUCUCAAGUUGUAUUAAAUAAUCUCAUAGUUUUCCAUGUUUGUAGUAAUAGGUAGUCUCUGUUAGUACUAGAAGUGCGUGGGCAUAGUUUAAUUUGUAGAGAGUUACUAAAUGUCGAAAUUUGUUGGAACAUAAUAUUAACACAUUGACUGCAGUGCCAUUACAGUGAACUAUUUCAUGUGUAUCAGUGUGACCACCAAACAGUCAAGGUGUCCGGCAUUCGUUUUUGGCGCGUUAGUGAGUGAAACUGUCUUCAGACAUCACACAAGUAUGUAUGUUAGCCAUACAUACUUGUGUGAUGUCACAGUCGCGAGCCGCAGUCGGCGUGUUAAUUAAAUAUAUAAUUAUGUUGUUAACUGACAUUUGUUCCAAAAAAAAUACUCUCAUAGACAUAAGACUGUAAAUUAUUAUGCAAACAAGAAUAAUUUAUUACCGACUUUUUUACUAUAUUGAUGUGUGGCUUACCACAGACCUAAAUAUUAUUUGCUCAAUGUUUUGUAAGUACGCCUAUUAUUGCAAGUGACAUGUUGAAUAAAGUUCAUAAUGUGAACGAAGUUUUGCUCCAAGUUUUUACACAGUUUUAUUCAGGGUUAAGUCCUGAGCUACUUGUAAAGCCAACUAUUGUUAUUUCUCAAUAAAAUUUACUAUACACAGGA